UCCCCUUCCCCUCUUCCCCCUCCCCCCUCCCCUUUCCCCUCUUCCCCCUCCCCCCUCCCCCCUCCCCCCUCACAGGCUCCACCUGGCCCGAGGCUCCUCUCUCCUGGGCUGCCGGAGACGGUGCCUGUGUCUCAAGCAAUGUCACCAACGCGGGUUUCCAGAUGAAGGCGAAGGACGGAAUGAAUGAGCCACAGCACUUGGCCUCCUGAGAGGCUUUUCUUCUUCUCUCUGCUUUUCUUUCUUCUUUUUUUAAUGUUUAUUUGUUUAUAGAAAGAGAGCGUGCGCGUGCAGGGGAGGGAGAGCCGGAGACAGGAUCCGAAGCAGGCUCCGGGCUCCGAGCUGUCAGCACAGAGCCCAAUGUGGGGCUCGAACCCAUGAAUUGAGAGAUCAUGACCUGAGCCAAAGUCGGACGUUUAACCGACUGAGCCACCCAAGUGGCCCUGACCCUGCUUUUCUGACCCCCCAGCUGGGGGCAGAUCCAGGAUCACAGGGAAACGCCCGUCCAGUCCCACAUUCACUUUAUAGGUGGUAUUUUUAAGGCGCUGCUUUGAUUCAAAUACGUGUGAUCAUCCAGCCUUCCAGACUUUUUUCAAGUCAGGUUUUAAAAAAUACGGGUAUUUCGAUUAACAUGCUGAUUUUUCUACCUUUUCGGUGACAAUGAGUUUUAGAACCAUGUUUUCUUUUUCUUUUUUUUUUUUUUUUUCUUUAGAACCGUGUUUUCAAAUAACGCGGUCCAGACUGCUUGGCUGUCAUGAGUAUGCUCCAGGCGCCCAGGGGGCCGGGGUCGGGCUUUCCCACUUUAUUUUCAUCGACUCUGUUGCUGAACCACCUUGGAACGUUGCUCAGCUCUGAGGGGUUCCAGCCCCUUUUUGCAGCUAACUCGGCAUUGACUGACUGACCAUGUGGUUGUCAACGUUGAUUUUCUGUGACGACUGUGCUUUGACCUCUCUGACGUGAUCUGUGCCGUGGUGUCUUCCGCAGAGAAUUCUGCUGGAUACAAGGAGACAUGGGCAACAGCAGAAGCCAGUCGGGGCCGAGGUUUUGUUCACAGUUUCUCCCCGCGGAGCAGGCCGAGAUCGAUGGGUUGUUUGACGCUCUGUCAUCGGAGAAGCAGCUCCCAGAUACCUCCCCCAGGUCCUUCUCUCUGAGGGCAGUAAAGAGUCACCUAGGGGAAGCCCUUCCCCCAGAGAUGGUCACAAGACUGUACGAUGGCAUGCGGAGCCUCGACCUGCGGGGGAAGGCGAAGGGGCCCAGCGAGAGCGUCUCCCGGGAGCAGUUCACAAUGUUCAUGUCCCACUUGCUAAAGGGAAGCUCCGAGGAGAAGAGUCUUGUGAUCAUGAAAAUGAUUUCUGCCACAGAAGGUCCCGUGAAAGCGAGAGAAGUCCAGAAGUUCACAGAGGAUCUGGUUGGCUCUGUAGUGCACGUGCUAAACUACAGACAGGAGCUGAGAGGCUGGACCCAGAAGAGGGGCCCGGGCCCCCCGCCCGGGGUGCAGGUGCUGGCCACCCAGCUCUUCUCCGAGAUGGAACCCCGAGGCAGCGAGGAGCUUCCGGGGCCUCAGCAGCUGGACCGUGACUUUGACCGAGCCGUGAUCGAGGACUGGGUGUUCAGGGCCCCCCACGUGGCCACGUUCCUGAGUGUGGUCAUCCACAGAGGCUUUCUCCUCCCACGCUUGUCCCUCGAUCUGGCCCCCCUGGUCCCUGAGCGUCACGUGGACCAGGAGAGGGUGUUUGAGAGCAUCCUGGACGUGCCGGCGGUCAUCUACAUCAACGCCCACCUGCCCAGGGAGCAGCGGCACCGCUGGCACCUGCUCUUCUCAUCUGAGCUCCACGGGCACAGCUUCGCCCAGCUCUGUGGGCGCAUCACCCACCAGGGCCCCUGCGUGCUGCUGCUCGAGGACCGUGAUGGCCACGUGUUCGGUGGGUUUGCGUCCUGCUCCUGGGAGGUCAAGCCUCAGUUUCAAGGGGACGACAGGUGCUUCCUGUUCUCUACCUCCCCCCGCAUGGCUGUGUAUACCUCCACGGGCUACAACGACCACUACAUGUACCUGAAUCACGGGCAGCAGACCAUCCCAAACGGCCUGGCCCAGAGGAACAGGAGCAUCCUGACUGUGGACCCUGAGGCCCAGGCGCUGCUGGAGAUCAUCGGGCGCCCUCGCCACAGCCAAGGGCUCCAGGACGUCCCGGAGGAUGAGUGAGGAGCCCCCCGGGCUCAGGCCUCCCCAGAGCUGGAUCCCGGCUGCCCUGUGCAGGGCACAGCCUGCAGACCCCUCCCUCUGUCGCACGUGCUCAAGUUCAACACAGAGCCAUGCUGGUCACGUCCGGGACCACUCGGAACGCAGUAAAAUUCUUUUGCUGCUGUAUACGGAUCGGUCAGUGACUCUCCCAGAAGUUCCGAGGGCCAGCAACCUGGUCCUUGUGUUGUUUCUUGCCGAGGCAAUCCGGGGACACAGACGCCGAGGCCUCUGCCUGGCAUUUGAUAGGCAAGUGCCUUCCUGCCGCGCAGGACGGGUUCCAUGUGCCGGGGGUGCUUGGCCUCUGCUCAGGACCCUGCAGCCGAAACCGUGCCUUGAUGUUGCAUUUCAGCUGGUCAAGGGCAGAGGCAUUGGGGUGUGGGUCUCCGCGCUUUUGGGGAGCAGCUUCCCCUGACAUGAAAUUUCUGUGUUGAUAAAGCAGCACAAACAGUGCGCUGGGGGGGUGGGGGUGGGGGGAGGGUGGGUGGGUGGGCGGGGAGAGCCAAAGACUCGGGAGAGAGCAGGUGUCCCCGUGCGACGGGUCCUCAGUGGUUUGCAACUGGGCUCCACAUCCGCCCUUCUCAGCUGGUUUUAAAGGAGCCUGUGCCAUGAUCUACGGAUCACUGCCAAGGUGUGGUUCUGUCACCGAUUUAAACGUGGGGAGGGCAGAAGCCCCGCCACGUCCCAUCGCAUAAACUGGUGGUGAGUCACUGGGAAGUACUGACCCGGGUUCCUGACCCUGGCACCGCCUCCUCAGUGUCGUCCCCUGGGCCAGAGCGGCUCCCAGAGGGGGGUGACGGGCCAUUCGAUAGCAGGGACUCACUUUGAACCAACUCGAGUGACCCCGGCCGCUAACUGCGAUCUAGGUGGGUGUCUGAGACGGGCUGGAGGAAACCAGCCGCACCGAGAAGUCCUUUCCCGAAGAGCUGUGGGCUCGUCUCCAGAACACGUAUCUCCUCCUCGCCUCUCUCGCCGUAGACUUUUCACCUUCUGCAGACCUGACGAAGAACGUGACCCCUUAUGAUCGACAUCGCCGGAUUCUAAGCCAUCGUCAGCUGAGCUGUGGGCAUUUUUCAACUUCUGCUUUUGCUGCCCAGAGGCUCCUCCAACUUUGCACUCGGCAGUCCCCCCCCGGCCGGGCGGAGGGCCUUGCAAACUAGAAGGCACGCGCGUGCCCGGCCAGCGCGCAGAGGGACAGCGGCCUGACACAGACUUAGUCACUGUUGAUUCUGCUUAAAAAAGCCGGCUUUUAAUAAGCUUCUCUGGUACGUUGUGUGCUGUUCUCAGCUGCUGGGAUCCCAGGCACAGGACAUUAGGAUCCUCAGAUCUCUCUGUAGUAAGUUCUAUUUAUUACCGAAAAUCCAAAGAGUUAGGUAGGUUCUGCACCUUCAGUUUGUUGAGGCAUUUGUUUUCACGGAAAGGAAACUAGGGGCGCCUGGGUGGCUCAGUCGGUUGGGCGUCCGACUUCAGCCCAGGUCACCAUGUCAAGGUUCGUGGGGUCGAGCCCUGCGUCGGGCUCUGUGCCGACAGCUCGGAGCCUGG